AUGGAAAUAAACACUGUGCAAACUAAAACCAAUGAGAUUUCCUUCAAAUUAUGGCAUAAAAGACUUGGACAUGUUUCAAAAGAAAGGAUAACACAACUGUGCAAGGAAUCUGUCUUACCACCAUUGAAUCAUGAAAACGAAGAUGAAGUUUGCAUUCCAUGUAUCAAAGGGAAAUUAACCAACUUAAGAAAGAAAGGGGUAUUGGGAAGCAAAGAUGAUUUUUCAAGAUAUGGAUAUAUCUAUCUCAUUAAAGAGAAAUCAAGUGCAUUGGACAAGUUCAAAAUUUAUAAGGCUGAAGUAGAAAACCAGUUGAACUUGAAAAUAAAGGUGGUUAGAUCGGAUAGAGGAGGAGAGUACUAUGGAAGGUUUGAUGAGACUGGAAGGAAUCCUGGACCCUUUGCUAAGUUUCUUCAAGAAGAAGGAAUUAUAGCUCAGUACACCAACCCAGGUACACCUCAACAAAAUGGAAUUUCAGAAAGAACAAACAGGACCUUGAAAGACAUGAUAAGGAGUAUGAUGAGCUGUACAAAUCUGCCAAUUUUUCUUUGGGGAGAAGCCUUAAAAACAGCCAACUAUAUUCUAAAUAGAAUUCCAACCAAAAGCAUAAUAGAAUUCCCUAUGAAGUAUGGAAUGGAAGGAAGCCUAGCAUUAAACAUCUGA